GCGCGGCGGGAGACCCGGCUGAUUAGGCUGGUUGGCGGCGAGUGCUGACGGAGGAGACGUACUGCCUGGCCAGUCCGUGCCCUGCCCUGCCUUACCGUGCGCUGCCCUGCCUUGCCCUGCCCGGCGAACGCUGCAAGGGAGCCCGGCGCGCGGACCGGAGCCAUGGCGGCCGGUGGACAUGAGCCAUAUGUAGAAAUAAUUGAACAGCCCAGGCAAAGGGGCAUGCGUUUUCGUUAUAAAUGUGAAGGACGGUCAGCAGGGAGCAUUCCAGGAGAACACAGUACAGACAAUAAUCGAACAUACCCAUCUAUACAGAUAAUGAAUUGCUAUGGGAAAGGAAGAGGAAAAGUGAGAAUAACUCUGGUAACAAAGAAUGAGCCGUACAAACCACAUCCCCAUGAUCUAGUUGGAAAAGACUGUAGAGAUGGCUACUACGAAGCUGAGUUUGGUCAGGAACGCAGAGCUCUGAUUUUUCAGAAUUUGGGGAUUCGAUGUGUAAAGAAAAAAGAAGUUAAAGAAGCCAUUAUUUCACGAAUUUCAGCAGAAAUUAACCCUUUCAACGUUCCAGAACAACAGCUACUCAACAUUGAAGACUGUGAUCUCAACGUGGUGAGACUCUGUUUUCAAGUAUUCCUUCUUGAUGAACAUGGCAAUUUAAUAUCAGCUCUUCCUCCUGUUGUCUCCAACCCAAUUUAUGAUAAUCGUGCUCCUAACACUGCAGAAUUAAGAAUCUGUCGAGUAAACAAGAAUUGUGGAAGUGUCAGAGGAGGGGAUGAAAUAUUCCUACUCUGUGACAAAGUUCAGAAAGAUGAUAUAGAAGUUCGAUUUGUGUUGAAUGAUUGGGAAGCUAAAGGUAGCUUUUCACAAGCAGAUGUACAUCGUCAAGUAGCCAUUGUAUUCAGAACACCACCAUUUUACAAAGCUAUAACCGAACCAGUGACAGUAAAAAUGCAGCUCCGAAGACCUUCAGACCAGGAAGUUAGUGAAUCCAUGGACUUUCGAUAUCUGCCAGAUGAAAAAGAUCCAUAUGGUAAUAAAUCAAAGAAACAAAAAACAACUUUAGAUUUCCAGAAGCUGUUGCAAGGUUGUGUUAGUUUUCCAGAAAGACCAAAAGUUGGCCCUCCCCGAUUGACUGGAGAAGGGAGAAUCAUCAAAAAAGAAAUGCAAAGAACUCCAGGAACCAUGCAUCAAGUCCCACCUUACUUUUCUUCGCCACUGGUGUCAAGUCCAAAUACAAUGUCACAAACGGCUUCAACUUUAUCUUCAAUGAUAUCUUAUCCUUCUUCAAGCUGGCCAUCAAUGACUCCUCCUACAUCAAUAAACUCAAUUAAUACACAUUCACCAAAUGGUUUUUCAACAGGGACACUUCCCUCUGGUUCAGAGAGUGGCCGGUCCUACCUGGAAAUAGCUGUUUCGGGUAGUCUAGAUACUUCUGAUCCUUGCCUUUAUAACAAUGGUACCAAUGGAAUUGGAGCUCAGUCCCUUUCCCAGGCUGACCUCUUUAGUGUUAAUUCCAGCAUGUUGCAGAAUCGUCCUAUGAACAUUACAACAUCCAGCAGUGACAGCAUGAUGGACGCUGAUGUGCACUAUGGCAGCCUGAACCUUGAAAGCUCAUCGUAUAACUCGGGGUUAAAUCCAAGAGACUACAGGAGGCCAGUCCAUCCCAUGCCUGCCACCAGGGUGUCCACGGCAGGCUCCAGCGCCAGUCCUGCUCUCUUGGUUUCACAGUCAGAUGUAUUUGAUCCAGUAGAUUUCAGUUGUCUAGAGAACAGCACAGUAAAUGAAUCAAAAUCAUCAGGCCACCCUAAUUCAAAUAACCCAAGUUUUGUGCCUAACAGUCAGUGUUAUGUUAAUGAUAAUUUGCAAAGUGAAGAUCAUUUUAAUUCCUUUGAAGUCAAUUUAGACUUGUUUAAUACAGAACUUGUCUAAUUAGAAUGGAGUUUGUAUCCUUUGAAUAUAUAUUUGCAGUCAUGCACCUAAGAUGCACCAUUUUACAUUCAUCUGAUGCACUGGGGCCUUGCUAUAAGUCUGCUGUUGUGUGAAUUUGGUGUCUUUUGCGGAUCUUGUCCAGAGGAGGUUGCCGUGGAAGUGCCCAAAGUAUUCCUUACAACAGAGUUUCACCUACGGCAUUGGUUUUACUGAAGGAAUUACUUGAAGAGGGUGCUUAUAUCAAGGCUCCAGUACACAAGCAAAUAAACCUUCCAGAAUUUACUUUAGAAACAUUUUACUCUAAUGACGUUAUACACGCUUACAGGAUUGAUUUCAUAUUUGCUUUCAAGCAAAUUAUUUACAUAGAUACUGUAAUGACCAUGUCAUUGAAAAAAAAACUUUUUCAGCAUUAUUAUUAUAGGCAGCAGGUGACCGACCCCUAAGGGGUCUCCUGUGGCUGUUUGGCAUACUGUGUAGAAUUCCUGGCUGUUAAUAAAGCCUGGGCCUGAAAGAAAAUGGAUAGAACAUCGGGAUCACCUGGAGUAGGUAGCAGGUUCCCAAGAAAUUCCACUUGUUUCAUGCCCAGCUCUUCAUGGGAUAAAGCUGUUUCUUUGUAAUUAUUGAAUGUCUCUUUAACAUCUCUCUGCUCCUUCAAAGAAGCUAAAUUAGAUUUGCUAUUAGGAUAGAGGCAUUUAUUCAUAGCUUCUUUCACCUCUGGGAAUGAUUUGGAGAACUUCCCUAUCAUCUUAUUUUUCCCAGAUCAUUUUUCUCCCCAUUUUUAAUUUGAAUAAGUUGAUGACUUUUACGUAACUGAAAGUGAAAUUAUUUCAUCUCACCAAAAGUGAGUCUUAAAUCAGGUGAAGUUGACACUGACUGACCAGAAGAAUGUAAGCUCCUUGAGCACAGGGAAUGUUUUUGGCACCAUAUCCCCAGAGCUUAGCACAAUGUCUAGACGAUGAUAAUAACAGGUGUUUAAUAAAUGCUUGCCAAGCCAAAAUGAAUCAAAUCAGCUAUACCACAGAAUGGGACUCCAGUUUUUGUUUUCUUGUAAUAUGGAGGGUUUUGCUGCUGUAAUUGGGCAGAGUGCUUUUUCUAUUUGAAAUACGAAACUUUUACCCCAUUGUGAGUGACAUCCAUGGUAGGUAGAGAUGCACGCUAAAGUUUUAUAGUAUCCAAU